AAAUGUGAUUAAUGUUUACUUUGCAAAGUUCAUUACAAACCACAUGUCUUAUAAUUUGAAUGCAUAACUCCUUUUACAAUUGUUACAUUAUUAAAAGGUGCAAAGUAAUUUUCUCAAUAGUAACAUAUUUAAAGUAGUUAAUUUAUUCAAAAAUAUAUAUAAAAUAUAUAAUAAACAUUGCACAAUGUCUAUAUUACAAAGACUGUCAAGAUAUCCCCAAAAUUUAUAUUGUCUGAAAAAUGUUAUUCAAAGAUGUCCGAAACGAAAUGAGAGUGUUUUAUCGGCGUCUCGACAAUCUUCAAUAUUAAAAACUGUAUUUAAAGCAAGUUUAGUAGGGAUUUCUGUUGGAUUUCCAGUUGGUAUAGCUAUUACACAGGGAUACACUUGGUACAGAAAUAAGGAAGCUUCACAAACAUAUCAUCUUCAAGGGAAAGAACAGAAAACUAAAAUACUUCAAGAAAAACCACCAGUACCCGUUUCUAGAGAGGUUAUCUUUCCAGUGGACAUUACAGACUUAAAGUUGACUCUUUAUCAAUAUCAGACAUGCCCUUUCUGUUGUAAGGUCAGAACUUUUUUGGAUUAUUAUGGAAUAUCUUAUGAGAUCGUGGAGGUUGAUCCUGUAUUACGAAAAGAAAUAUCUUGGUCAACUUAUAAGAAAGUACCAAUACUUUUAGCAGAAGUCGAUUCAGGAUAUCAAUCUUUAAAUGAUAGUUCAAUGAUUAUUUCCCUAUUAGCUUCAUAUUUGAAAGAUAGAUCUCAGAAAAUUAAUGAUUUAGUAGACUAUUAUCCAAGUAUAGCGAUGCACGAUGAAAACCAAAAAUUGAAAUAUGAAAUUAUGAAUAAAUAUUUCUUGAUGUAUCAAGAAAAUUUGCCUACAAAAACAGAUGAGAUCAUGGAGGAGCGUAAAUGGAGGAAAUGGGUCGAUGAUGAAUUUGUGCAUACGCUAUCACCUAAUGUGUACAGAACACUUGAUGAAGCUUAUAAAACUUUCAAUUGGUUUUCUGAAGUUGGUAAAUGGGAAGAAUAUUUUCCAACAUGGGAAAGGUUAAUUAUGAUAAACAUAGGUGCUACAGCUAUGUGGUUGAUAUCAAAACGAUUAAAAAAGAAGCAUAAUUUAAAAAAUGAUGUUCGAGAAUCAUUGUACGAUGGAAUUAAUAAGUGGUUACGUGCUAUUAAAAAACGCGGUGGUACAUUUAUGGGAGGAGAAAAACCUAAUUUAUCAGACCUUGCUGUAUAUGGAGUUCUGAAAAGUAUAGAAGGCUGCAGUGCUUUUAAAGAUGCUUUAAAUAAUACAACACUUAACACGUGGUAUAAUGCCAUGACGAAGGAAAUAGAAGAACAUUCAGGAAGUAAAUAUUUAAUGACUAAAUAAUAUAAAUAAAAUUUAUAUUAAUAAAUAUUGUUUAUAUUAGUUUUCUUAAAAUUAUAAUUUGUUUGUAAUUGUAUCAUUUUGAAUAUAAUAAAGUUAAAUUGUGUUAUUUCAUAUUAGUAUUACUACCGUAGAAAGAAAUGAGAUAUGUUUCAGAUAAUAAAUUUUGUAAAUAUGUAGAAAUUAAAAAAUAUAUAACUAAUAAAACUAAUUUAA